ACAUUUCUUCAGCCUGACAGCUCCUCUGCUUCGAUGGGUCUGUCCACAAAUCAGCUCCACAACUGGUCCGCCUUGACCUCUGCAGCUACAGAAGUUGCAGGUCAGUUUUCCCCAAUUUCUCCUGUUGAUGGCUACAACACGAGCAUCAACUCUGGCCAUGCACUCACUGAUAAUGAGGCGAAUGUUCGAUUCUAUGGCGCCAGAAUGUCCACUAACCAGUCCUCGACGCGGGGUAAUGGCUCAAACUUGUUCAGUAGAUCCUUGAAUUCUUGCGCUUCUGUCAGCAUCUCAAAUAAUUAUUCACCGGUGGCAAAAGUUACAGGCAGUGAGUUUCAAACAUGGAACCGGACAUAUGCAUCUAGACACUAG